AUGCCGCCCCCUGGUCGUGACGCCACACCGGAGGAGCGAUCUGAUUGGCCCAGCCUGACGGGUCUCUUGCUGUUGCUGUGUGGGAAGAGACGGCUGGAGCUGCCGGCAGCUGAUGAGGAGCCGGAAGAGUGGAGAGAGUGGUGAGUCACUUUGUACCGGCUCCCAGAAGCUGCACCCCGGCAUAGCUAGGCUGGCAGCCCAAACUCGGUGAGGGUCAGGGCAGUGCCAGCCAUGGGAUUCCUGCAGCUUCCCCCACCUCCUGCCCAACUCAGGGCUUCUCACUCAGGACUUGCUGGGAGUUGUAGUUCCCUGUCAGGUAGUUCAAGCUUGCUGUCUAUGCCAAUCUUCGCCUUCUCGGACUACAACUCCCGUCAGGCCUUGCUCUUGGCUCCUCUCUUGAUAAACAAGGCACUUCAUCUCGCGCUCUGAUUAGACGGCAUCGGACAAACCCCCCUUCACCUCAUCCCAUUGGCUACUGUACCUGUCCGUCAAACGCUCUCCCGUCUCCGCCCCCUUUUUUCUUCUCAUUAACCGCUAAUGAGUGGCUACUGUAAGUGUUGCUCAAGCUUCUCUCCUGCUUGUCAGAGAAGCCCCGCCCCUGGUGGUUCUAACGACGCUUCCUAUUGGCCGAGGCCUCUGUCACUGGGCUAGUUGUGGGCUGUGAUUGGCUGCCUGCGCCAGCUGUUCCUGCUUCAUUCACCAUUUUGUCUCCUGGAGUAAGGGGGCCAGGCAGCAGUGUGUGGAUGUCCGUGAGUGAGGGCCAGGUGAGUGUCAGCAGCUCCCCAUGGGUCACCAGGAGCCACCAGCUGUCAUUAUACAGAGCCAGCCUCCUCCACCACCACCAGCAGCAGCAGCUCAGACUGACACUGAUAAUAAUAAUAUUAUAAUAAUAUAUCCUGGGGGUGGGGGGCACCACCAGCUGUUAUAGAACUUCUCCCAAAUCCCUGCUCACCCUCAUAUAACACAUAGUGACUGUGUGUCUGUAUGAUAAAUAGCUCACACUGACUUACUGUGAGUUUAAAUGUUCUUUAUACAGAGCCAGCCUCCACCAGCAGCUCAGACUGACACUGAAAUAAUUAUAUAUUUAUAUAUAUUUAUUUAUUCUCUAUAUAUCCUGGGGGGUGAUCAGAGGUAGACAGACUCCCUUCUCUUCUAGAACUUCUUCUCCAAAAUUCCUGACCCUCCCCCCCUUGCUCUAUUUAAUAUAUAUUCUAUAAUAAAGCUUGCACUGACUUAGUGUGAGUUUAAAUGUUCUUUAUACAGAGCCAGCCUCCACCAGCAGCUCAGACUGACACUGAAAUAAUGAUAUAUAUAUAUAUAUAUAUAUAUAUAUAUCUCCUGGGGGGUGAUCAGAGGUAGACAGACUCCCUUCUGUUCUAGAACGUAUCCAAAAUUCCUGACCCCCUCUCUUCCCCUCCCUUGCUCUAUUUAAUAUAUAUAUAAAUAUAUUCUAUAAUAUAGCUCGCACUGACUUAGUGUGAGUUUAAAUGUUCUUAAUAACCGACAGCAGUAGCUGGAUCCAUGUAUAUUAUUAGCCUGAGUUUAUACCCGCCAGUAAUCCUACGCUUGGGAGAGAGCCUGCUUCAUUAUGGACAAGCACGCAGAUCACUCCCCACUAUCUGUGUUAUUAAAAUGUGGAGCAAUGAUCCUGACCUGUCUGUGCAUUUGUGCAGGGAGUUUCCACUUGUGCAGGGGAUUAGGAGUGAGCUCCACAGGGAGGGGUGUGGGGUGAAGGCAGUGCUGAUGCACAGAAAGUGACAGUACUUUUUAACACUUAAAUGUGUGCAACCCUUACAGGGGUUAAUACAUGACGGCUGCCGUACAUGUGUGUGUCCCUGGGCUAUUCUGGUACCGAUGGGGUUCUGCAGUAUUAACUAUAGCGAUAUUGUGUCAUCUUGUGUGCAUUGUCUCUAUCAGGACUUUAAUAAAGUAAUCUGACCUCUACUUCAAGUAAUUUCUGAAUGUGCGUGUGUAAUUCUUUUUAAUUGUGGAAAAGCAUUGCUCUAUGUGUUGGAAUUGGAAAGGGCAGCUUGCUGACAAAGCAGUGAUCGACUAUGUGAGCAGAGAAUAGGGAUCUGCCCUUCUUGGGAAAUUCAGUAUUUGCUGGGGGGGUUUGGAGGAAGCAUGGCCGAUUUUCUGUACAUUUUAUCGAGUUGAGAAUUCACGACUGUUCGUAAGUCAUGGGGGUGUCUACUAAAUCACAUUUGUUCCAGUCGGUGUUUUAUAUUCUUUGUGUAUAGUAUGAGGGUCCUUCAUAAUUUUAGCUCCCAUGCUCAAUGUUAAUCUUGUUCUCAGGAAGGUUGAUUUAUCCCAGCAGACACAGUGUAGACUUGAUAGAAAGGAGCUGUCUUACCCUCCAGAAUGGUGUUCAACUUGAACCCUACAUAGCCGAAAUCAUUAUUGCAGCCCAUGUCCAGGACACAAGGGGUGCUAUUAUGUGGUGUGGAAUGUGGGUGUUACUCGGUUACCCAACACCCUCUUCAUUGUUAUUACCUUACUGCAAGAGAGUAAAUAUACAUAGUACAGAGCAAACACCGUAUAUACUUUAUCAUGUAGUUAUAUUUUCACAGCUGCAAUAAUCACCAUGUAUUAGGCAACACACAAUCGAAUGCACAUUAUACGGAGCAGUAAUUUCAUUCUUGUAUUCCGAUUAUCCACAAUCCGUACUAAGUCCAUGCAAGCACAUAUACACCUCCCUCUUGGCUGCCUGUAUAAUUUCCACACUACAAUCACGUAAUGCUCUAAGAAAGCUAGUUUUAUCUCAUUGUCUGCACAGAAUCCAGAUGUGCAAUGGUUUAAAUUUUUUUUUUUUUUUUAAAUUCAGAUAUAUCUGAACAGCCCAAGCUAUUAAGCUAAGCUCGCCUCCCAUGAUGCUUUGCCAGCAUUCUUUCUCUGAGAGCAUUGUGGGAGAUGUAGUCCACAACAUCUGGAGCGCUGAAGGUUGGCUAUUCCUGCACUAUGGCUGUUGGCAUAUUUCUUUAGUGAUUAUAAACUACAAAGGUUAUUUCUAAUACGAUUCUGUGAUCUCACCCAUUCCUAUAGUGACAUUAGCCUACAACUUUAUAUUUAGGAAAAUACAUAAUAUUUGUGAGUGUGUGUGUGUGCAGAUGCACAUAGAUCUGGAGAAUGCUGAUGUCAUGGCUAUGAGCCAGUAGAAAAUUGCCACUUACACAAUAUUUCGAAUGGGAUGUAUAAAAUAUUAAUGUCACAGCAGUGACAUGAGUAAAGUUAUAUAGUAGGCCUAUAAACUUAAUUCUAUUUCCUUAUUCUUAAGAAGAUGUGCACUUUUUUUUUACUCUUAUUCUUAAUAUAACACUUGUGUUUUUUUGGUUUUUUUUAAUUUAUUUUAUCUCCCCCCUUGUGAUUUGUAAACCUCUUUAUCCAUCAAGUGAAUCUUGGUGAUCUUAUGCCUUGUAUAUGUAUAUUAAUUAUUCCAGUUUACGUGAAAACUAACAGAUUACGGUACUACAAAUAAUAAAAAGAAGGGAUUGUUCUUCUCAAUACAGAUUAUUUUCGGUGGGCGAUCUUUCCCCUUUGACUGUCAGAUCUUUUGGCUUGAUCAGUCUUUUUGCUAAUUCUUUCAGGGUUGAUAAGUGUGUAUAUUUAUGUAAUCUAGAAAAUUCCACUCGCCCACUCACCUGCGACAAGUAAGUCAGUCUAGCAGACAAAAACAUCUGGUGUAUACGUGACACUGAAUGGACUUGUUCAUAUCUAAUUCUGGAUAGGAAUCCCUUCUUCUGGCUAGUAAAUUUUAGUGAUAUCUUGUUCAAGGGUAUGUAGUAAAUCGUAGUGGUAUCAUGUUCGUGUGUGUGUAUACAUGUAUGUGUAAGUAAUGUAUAUAUUGUUUAUAUCAUUUCAAUACAAAACCAUAAUAUUUUCUGCAUUCUCCAUAAUAUUGUUGCUGUUCCUUAACUGGAAUUAUUAUCAGGGACUGUGUGCAAUGACUUGAGAGGGUGAGAAAAAGAGCGUGAAAACGCGUAGGUGUACUUGUGGGAGAAUGUGUGUCUCAGUCAGCUUGUAAAUCUCUUAGUGUCGUCCUUCUCCUUGUAUAUGUGUGCACGAGAACUCGUGAUUUUCCCCUUUUUUGUGUGUGUAUGCUGAUGCAUGUCUGCACAUGUGUAUCUGUGCACACCCGUGAGUACCUAUUGUUCAGUAAUGUUUAUUUACAUGUCAUCUGUGGCUACAACUGUUUCCAUCUGUCUGAGCACUUUAAGACGUGUUUCCCUAUGCCUUACAUGUGUAGAUGGCUAUCUGUGAGUGGCAUUCGGCACAUAGCAGUAUCUUUGUACUACGUGUGUGAAGUACAUGUCUGAACAUGCCUUUUCUUGCAUUUGUGAUCGUAGUGCAUGCGUGCAAAUGUUCCUCGUCACGUAGGUAUAUGUUGGGGGGGGGGGUGUGUGUGUGUGUGUGUGUGUGUGUGUGUGUGUGUGUGUGUGUGUGUGUGUGUGUGUGUAUGCCUAUGCCAUAACAUGGGCCAGAGGAAAUGACAGUAUGAAUUUAGAGGUGAAACAUAUGACUGUCAUUUCCUUCACGAUGACUGCGGUUAGUCAGUAAUCUGCAGAUCUGCGUUAUUUGAUGGCAUCUAAAUCUUUGUGAUACACUUACUAUGUUCUGGAAUAGAUUGUACAUGUCUUUGGUUCUACGGAUCAUCACGUUUUAAAUCCUUAUGCUUUUUCUAAUUACUCUGUUAAUUUGGGUGUUCAUUUAAUUAUUCAUUAACAACAAAAAAAAUACAGAAGAAACUGAAUCAGGUAAUCCAGCAGUUUCUGAAUAAUAAUAAUUUUUUGAUCUGUUUGUUUAAUAGAUAGUGUUUUGUGUGUUUUAACGGGCAAACCGUUUGCUAAGGUUUUGGGUAGUAAUUAGACAGCUUUGACCAACAUUUCCAGUCUUGGUUUCCAUUGUAUGUCACUAUUUAGGGCUCCUUUCUUAAGUGUCCACUCUGCUUAUUCAUGUGAAUGAUUAUCUAUUUGGUUUGUCUUUUCAACAGGUGGUCCUGA